AUGAUGUUCCCAGUCAUGUUUCUCUUUCUUAUCGGACUCGGCAGUUGCGAAUCCUUGACGGAACUGCAUAAAGCGAUGAAAGAAAAGCGGGAAGAAGUCGUCCAAGAUGUGGCUGCAAAAGUUAUCAAAGAGAGUAUUCCAUAUGCAACGGAAGCUCCGCAACCAGCUCUAGCAGAAUACGAAACGUUUCAUCAAAGUAAAGAUGUGAACUACAUCAAGACGAAAGAUGGCAAGCUUAUCUUCAGGCAGUUCCGACGACUAUCACUUGCUCACGCGAUGAACCGCAUCAAAGGGGUGGCGAUGGGUAAUGUGAGGACAGAAACCUACCCUAAUGACGAUGAAUAG